AUGCCUAAAUACAAGACUUCAAACCCACGAAAGAGAAUCAAAUCGCGUGCCGGCUGUCAGACAUGCAAGAAACGGCGCAUCAAGUGUGACGAGAAAGCCCAUGGUUGCUCUCCGUGUGAGAAGAAAGGACUGCAGUGCCCUGGCUACAGGAAAGAUGUGAAAUGGUCCGAUAAAUAUGAGUUGCUCAGAGGGUCUGCAACAAGCCAAGAACAUUCAUUGCACAGGGAUGAUUCGGCCUGGUUCGUAGACGGUGCUCUUCAACUAAGAGCUGCCAUCGCUCCCGGCCAUAUAGCGAGCUUCAAGACCGCGGACGCGCCAUUGGAGAGCACAGACACGGCAAUGAGUACCGCAGACUGCUGGAUUAACACACAUGCUUGGGAUACGUUGUGCAGUUCUUCUGCAGAGCUGUACCAUGAUGACCAGCUCUAUCAGAAUCGAUUGCCAUACAGCUAUCCGGAACCAGUUACUGACAAAUACUGA